UUUACAUGUGGUGUCCAUAUGUCAGGUCAUGUGGAGAGUGAGAAUAGAGUUAACAAGAGUAUUGGCGAUAUCAAAACAACACUCUUUGAUCUUGUCACUGGGCUUAUCAAGAGAACAGAGGGUCAAGAUGACAUGGAAACCCUACAUGUUCAACAGACAACACAAGUACAACACCCUUCAGCUAUAGAUGUGCUAUUUGCAGAACCAUUGAAGUUGAUUCAGGGAAACUGUGUCUUGUAUGCUGUUCAGAAAUCAUACAAACAAAUGGAGCAUUCUGUUUUCUAUCAUAAUCUCCUCAAUACAUUUGAAGAUGAUAACAUCAAGCUGUCUACAAAAUACCUUCUCUGUUUUAUUGCUACACAUGGAUGGUUGUGCUCAGGGUUAUUUAAGAUUGCCUACUACACAUCUGAGUCCAUUCAUUUCAUUGCUGUCCUUGACAUGGGGCAUACCCUUUGUGAUUGCAUGAUGGGAAUAAACCUAGGAAUCCCAUGCUGCCACUACUAUGCACUUCUUCACUAUUCCAGGCUGACUAGAGAACAAGGCUUAUCUACUGUUGUAUUCUAUCUUAGCUUAUUCAACCAAAGGUAUUUGUCCAUCAGUUUCAAUUUAGAACACACCUACUUAUAA